AUGCGGCGAGAGAUGGAAAGUCUCAGGAGGGAGGUAGCGGAGAUGGUUACUCCGGUGGCUAUAUGUCCCCCCUCUCCGCCUCGUCCGACGGAGCCCGAGCCGACGCCACCAAGGAAGAGGAGGGCAAGUCAAUGCUCUUCCCCGAUAGAGGAAGAGCAAUUGAAGAGGAGGGCGACGGAGGCAGAGGCGAUUACCCUGCCGACGCCACACGAACCCUGCCCCGAAGAGGAUCCAGUCCUGCCAGAGGAGGUAGGACAAAGAGAAGAGGAGUCGCCAAGGAACAACGAGGUGGCACAGCUCACCAGCUUGGUCACCAGCUUGGCGGCGAUGGUGAGGGACCUCACCGAAGAGGUCCGUGGAAAGAAAGGCCAGGAGGCCACACGUCCACGCGAGGCCCCUUCCCAGGGGAGAAGAGAACAGCGGAGGGAUGGUACACCAGCGCCACCUCUGCCAAGGCCGCAGCAAGAGCGGCCGAAGACGUCUACGGCACCCGCCCCGGAGACCUGGGCAAACGUUGUUGGUCGUAAGGCCAAGCGGGUGCAGAAGAAGCAGGCGGUGGCAACAGCGAGUGAAGCUGCACCACCCGCAGCGGCGACAACACGGCUUAACCAAAAGCCAAAGCCGCAGAGGAAGAAGCCCGCGCCGAAGAAAAAGGCGCAAGUGCCAAAGGCCCAUGAAAUGGCGGCUCUCACCCUUACCAUCCCUAAGGGUGGGAAGACCACAUAUUCAGAGGCAAUGAGGAAAGCGGUGGAGACAGUCCCCUCCACCGAAAUCCAGCAGCUAGGCAUCACCGAAUUCAAGGUGAAGAAGUCGGCCACCGGGGGCAUGAUCCUGCGUGUUCCAGGCCCCGAUGGACACCAGAAGGUUGCGGAACUAGUCCGUCGAUUGCAGCCAGCAUUCGAGGGGGGUCAGAGGUGCGGUUUCGCUAGCCCACGAGGACCAUUGAAAUGCGCGUCCUCGGACUCGACGACGCCGCGACGGAGGAUGAGGUCAAGGCCGCACUGGCCGGGAUUGGAAAGUGCCCACCUGAGAACAUACAGGUUGGGCAGAUCAAGAGGACACCCAGGAGCCUGGGGACCCUCUGGUUGA